AUGUGUCAAAGUGUGAACAACAUCCACCAUCUGGACGGAAACUGGGGCGGCCUGGCAGAUUCGUUGCGAAGUCUGCACAUCUCCGGGAACUCCAUCACCGAGGUGUCAUUUUUCACGCACGAAGACAAACGACCCAACCACACAGUUCCCACCUUCCAGGCCUCAUCGUCGAUUAUUAGCGCCAAACAGCAUCAAUCAUCGCAGCCGCAGCAGCUGACGAAACCGUUUGCCAAGCUGAAAAAAUUAGUCUGGUUGGACAUUAGCUCGAACAGGAUAGCUCACAUCAGCCCGAACACCUUUCCGAAGUCAUUGGUCACGAUCGAUCUGUCGAAGAAUAUUUUGGGUCAAUUUCCAGCUGCGGUACUGGAACAUUUGCACGAUUUGAGAAUUCUAUCUUUGAAAGAUAAUUUAAUCGUAAAAUUAAACGGACUGGAGCUCGGAGCGGUGAAGAUUAAGUUCGAGAAGUUGGAUCUCAGUGUCAACUUAAUAGAUGAACUCCCGUCCGGGUUGUUUAAUGGAACAGUUCGGGUUAAGGCGAUCAACUUCGAUAAGAACUACAUCCGGUCGAUUCCGGCGGAAGCUUUCCGUGAUUUGGGCGUUAUACAUAUGGUACUGGCGUUUAAUUUCAUCGAACAGGUGGAUGACGAAGCGUUUUCAACGCUGGAAAACAGUUUGGAGUAUUUGGAUUUGGAACGUAAUCGGUUACUAGUGGUGCCUAGUGCGAUUGGUACCUUAAAUAAGCUGCGGUAUUUGUAUUUAACAUCGAAUGAACUGACGGCGGUGGGUCGACUGCCAGGAACGUUGAAAGUUUUAUCGCUGAGUGGCAAUAAUUUCACUUCAAUUCCGGUGGAUGGACUGGCUAAUUGCACCGAACUUUCGUACCUUAACAUGGGCUAUAAUAAAAUUGCUGAAAUCGAGGAAAAUGAUUUCGUCGGAUGGGGCGCCAACCUGCAAACAUUGUUGCUGAGGAACAAUAAAAUUACCAGCCUUAAUUAUGGGGCUUUCAAUGGACUGGAUACUAUUAAAGAGAUCAGUUUAAGCUUUAAUGAUAUUCACUACGUGCAUCCGAAUGUGUUCGAUAACAUUUCCAGCACAUUGAAGAUUCUUGAACUAUCGUUCGGAAUCUAUCGUGAAGAAUAUCCGAUGGAUGCGCUGAGCGUGCUAACGGAGUUGAUGUGGCUUGGACUCGAUAAUAACAAUUUGAAACUAAUUCCUGAUGAGGCCCUUUCACAACUCGGCCAGCUAACGUACGUAAAUUUCGCAUUCAAUCGUAUUACUUCCCUACCACGUACGGUGUUCCGGGCGGACAUACACAAAAAUCUCGUCGAGAUUGAUUUAUCAUUCAACCUGAUCGAAACGUUGCACACCAACACGUUCGAUAAUUUGGAGCUGAUUCAAAUCAUAAAUUUGUCCUCGAAUAAAAUAAAAACCAUCGAGAAAAACAGUUUUUACGACCUGCCAUACCUGACGUACGUGGACCUGUCCUUCAAUGGCAUUCAGAAUGUGAGCGAAUGUGCGUUCAGCUUCCUACCGGCACUGCUCAGCGUGGACCUGAUGCACAACGAGCUGGGCUCGUUUUCACUGAAACUGUUCAAGCACGUCUCGAAUGCCACCACCCCCAUGAGGCUGAACAUUAGCAACAAUGCGAUCGAUAAUUUCGACGGCGACGUCAAUUCGUUGCUGUACGUUUAUUCACUGGACGCCAGCAAUAAUAUGCUACACGACCCGGCCGCCUUCCGUGCAUUGGCCUACUCCCUCCGGAUUCUCUAUCUCAAUUGGAACAAUUUCAGCACGCUCGGAAAUCACGCCUUCGGUGAUUUGCAGAUACUGGAGAUUCUCAACCUUGCCAACAACAAUAUAUCAGCAUUACGAAGGCGCAGCUUUGCCGGGUUAGUGAACCUCCAGGAAUUUGAUUUGAGCAACAACAAACUAGAAAUGCUUCAAAUUGAGCAAUUUUCUCCUUUGAAAAAAUUACGUCUGCUGAAGCUUGGCAAUAAUCGCCUCCGAGCAGUGCCACGGGAUGCUUUUCUCAAUACUCGAAUCGAGUAUUUGGAUCUGUCCAACAAUUUGUUCGCCGCUUGGCAAGCAACGGCAUUUGCGGACAUUGGGUUCACCCUGCGCUCCAUUCAGUUCAGUAAUAAUCUCUUGGAAUUUCUUGAUUCCUACAUGUUCACUAGCACUCAGUUUCUUCUCGAGCUGAACCUCUCAAGCAACCAAAUCAAGCUCAUUCCGGAAAGUGCAUUUGCCAACCUGCACAAUCUAACCAUUUUGGAUAUCAGCUGGAAUCCGUUCAUCACAAUUAACUUUAAAGAGCUCUUUCUGAACGUCCCUCGAUUACGUGAAUUAAAUCUCCAACAAACUGGUCUGUAUCGAGUGCCAUCGUUGGUUCUGCCCCAGCUUGUCUCCCUGGACAUUAGCCACAAUCACGUUCAGGAAAUCGAUUCACUCGAAGAACUUUACUACCUCCGAGAAUUCUACGCCGAUAAUAAUAAAAUCAACAACAUCACCAACCUGCUCCGAAACCUGCCCCAAGCCCUCCGAGUCCUCGACAUCUCCCGUAAUCCCAUCCGCAAAAUAUCCUUCCACGAUUUUGGUCUAACGCGCCGCCUGGAAGAACUCUACAUCGAAGACAUCAAAAUCGCCAACCCGGACAUCUUCAUCAAACUGCACAGCCUGAAAAAACUACGCAUCAAUUCACAGCACAACUUCUCCGAGCUCGUCUCGAAGCUGCGUGGCCUCCAGGAGCUGUACGUGAACGUUUUCGAAGAACACAUCGGUGAUGAUAUGUUCACCGCAAAGAUGCACACCAUCACCAAGCUGAACUUGCUGGAAAUUACCGGCCGCCGGCUGGUUUCCAUCCACCACAAGGCCUUCGUCGGAUUGGCCCGGAAUCACGAUCUGAAGCUGCGGAUACGAAACACCCUGGUGAACGAUCUGCCGCCGGGGAUUUUCUACGCGCUCAAGUACAUUCCCAAGCUGAGCAUAGAUCUGUCGGAUAAUAUGCUGGUGGCGCUGGCGCCCGAUAGCUUCUAUCCGAAUGCCAGUUCCUGGGAUGCGGUGGGAACUCGGAGCGUAACGGGGGGGAUGGACAUCUCCAACAAUCCGCUGCAGUGCGACUGCGGGCUGGUGUGGCUCGGCCACUGGCUGAGGCGGUGGCUACGGGAGACGGCACAGGUCAACCUGAUACCGAAGGACGAAAUGAAGCAGAUGAUGCGGCCCCGGAAAACAAGUGGCAAUCUCAAGCCGCAAAGCAAAGUGUUUGAGGACGUUGAGGCAUUGGAAAUCCCAACUAGUCAACUAGAAGCAUUCGAGGCAGCUUAUAGCUCCACUGGGCGAUCAUCAAGUGCUCCUGUCCCGCUUCCCACUUAA